AUGGACUCCGUCAAAGACAAAGUCUACGCCGUAACUGGUCUCGGCGGCAUCGGCCUAGCAGUCGCACGCCAACUACACGCCCAAGGCGCCCACCUAUCCCUAGCAGACCUAAGCCCCAAAGUCCUCGAAACAGCGCUCCAAAUCCUGCACGCAGAUCCCAGCACCGGGGAAAUCACCACAAAAGCGUUAGACAUCAGCAAUGCGGCCGCGGUAAAAGAAUGGAUCGCAUCGACAGUGGCGCAUUUCGGUCGAUUAGACGGCGCGGCCAAUAUGGCGGGGAUGAUUGGAAAAGUGCACGGCACGGGCAAAUUCAUUGACCAGGACGAUGAUGAGUGGGAUAUGUUAAUGCGGGUUAAUCUUACGGGGUUGAUGUAUUGUCUGCGGGCGGAAUUAAGGGCUAUUAUGGAGUCUGCGCCUGGUGGGCGCGGAAGUAUUGUUAAUGCUAGUAGUAUCCAGGGUCUUAGGGGGUUUGCUUUGCAUGCUGCUUAUUCGACUACUAAGCAUGGGGUUGUUGGGUUGACGAAGUCUGUUGCUAAGGAGGUUGGGCCUGGGAUUCGGGUUAAUGCUGUUGCCCCUGGCUCCAUUCAGACGCCCUUGCUUGAUAUGGCCAAGGAGAUCCAGGGUAGCAUUGCUCCCCCGCCGACUGCUAUCCCGCGCAUUGGAACUGCCGACGAGGUUGCGCAGACGGUUGUUUUCUUGCUUAGUGAUGCGGCUUCUUACACUACUGGUCAGGUUGUUAGUGUGGAUGGUGGGUGGGAUGUAUGA